AUUAACCUACAUACCACGAUAAGUCAGCGCGCGCGCAAGCUACAACCUGAGUGCGCGCGCCCCCUGACGCCACAAAGUGUAUUUAUUUGUACUAUCGCGAGAGUUAGUAACGGCGUUCACGCGGCCAGCGUGCACGAGCACCGUGAAGCGUGUCUUCUGAGACUAUCUUGUCGGAGUUGCAGCGCGAGAGAGGAGCGCGUGGCGCACCGAAACUGCUUCAACAUGGUGCUGCUACACGUGGUGUUUGAGCACGCGGCCGGAUACGCGUUGUUUGCCGUGAAGGAGGUGGAGGAGAUCGGCAUGCUGCUGCCGCAGGUGGAAGAAAGUGUCCUGAACAUCGCGAAGUUCAACAGUGUGGUGAAACUGGCCGCUUUCUUCCCCUUUAAGUCUGCUCAGUCUGCCUUGGAAAACAUCAACGCCAUUUCCGAAGGAGUCGUCCAUGCUGAUCUUAAGCUGUUUUUGGAGACAAACUUGCCUUCAGGAGGCAAGAAGAAGGUGAUGUUGGGGGUGGCUGAUGGCAAGAUCGGCGCAGCGCUGCAGGAGGAACUGGGCGUGUCCAUCCAGACUGGUGGGGUUGUGGCAGAGAUUCUCAGAGGUGUGCGCUUGCACUUUCACUCUCUAGUCAAGGGCCUCACGGCUCAGGCUGCAUCCAAAGCACAGCUUGGUCUGGGUCACAGUUAUUCUCGGGCUAAGGUCAAGUUCAACGUAAACAGGGCAGACAACAUGAUCAUCCAGUCCAUUGCCCUGCUUGAUCAGCUGGACAAGGACAUCAACACGUUCUCCAUGCGUGUUCGUGAGUGGUACGGUUACCACUUUCCUGAGCUGAUCAAGAUAGUCAGUGAAAAUGCCACAUACUGCAAGCUGGCCAAGUUUAUCGGGAACAGGAAGGAGCUGAGCGAGGAGAGCCUGGAGGCUCUGGAGGAGAUCACAAUGGACAGUGCAAAAGCCCAGGCAAUCCUGGAAGCAUCCCGCUCAUCUAUGGGAAUGGACAUCUCCCCCAUCGACCUUAUCAACAUUGAAAGUUUCUCCAGCAGAGUCGUGUCCCUCACUGCUUACAGACUGGAGCUGCAAGAGUACCUGCGUUCCAAAAUGUCUCAGGUGGCCCCCAAUCUGGCCGCCCUCAUCGGUGAAGUGGUUGGCGCUCGUCUCAUCUCCCAUGCUGGAAGCCUGACAAACCUGGCCAAGUAUCCGGCCUCUACAGUGCAGAUCCUCGGAGCAGAGAAGGCCCUGUUCAGGGCACUGAAGACGAGAGGAAACACCCCAAAGUACGGUCUGAUUUUCCACUCCACCUUCAUUGGCCGUGCUGCCGCCAAGAAUAAGGGGCGCAUCUCGCGUUACCUCGCUAAUAAGUGCACUAUCGCCUCUCGGAUCGACUGCUUCGCUGAGGUUCCUACCAGCGUGUUUGGAGAUAAACUGAGAGACCAGGUUGAAGAACGGCUGGCGUUUUACGAGACCGGCGAAACGCCAAGGAAGAACUUGGAUGUCAUGAAAGAGGCUGUUGCAGAGGCCACUGAAGUGGCAGCAGAGAUCAAGCGCAAAAUUGAGAAGAAGGAGAAGAAGAAAAGGAAGCGUGAGAAGAGAAAACUAGAAGCUCUCUCUACAGCCGAGGGAGAGGAUGAAGAGGUUGAGGUUAAGAAAGCCAAGUCUAAUGGAGAUGCCGAGACACAAGAAAACGGAGAAGCUGAGGUGACGGACAAGAAAAAGAAGAAAAAGAAGGGAGAAGCAAAGGAGGAGGAAGAGGUGUUGACCAACGGUGUGGAAGAAGCAACUCCUCAGAAAAAGAAAAAGAAACGAAAGAGUGAGGCUGUCGAACCUGAGCCAGAGGUGGAGGAGGAAGCAGAGGCUCCUGAACCUGAGCAGACUGAGAAGAAAAAGAAGAAAAAGAAAAAGAAGACUGAUGAAUAAGGAUCCAUCCUCUAAUAAUGAACUUUUUUUUUUUUUUUUUUUUA